UCACCACAUAAAAAGCCAUAGACGAUUUACUCAACGGCAGUAGUAGCAGCAGCAAAACAGCAAUGGAUGAGGAAUUAGAGGCGAUCCGUCGCGCACGUAUUGAGCAGCUGAAGCAGCAACAGCAGCGCCAGGCACCCUCCAGCGGUGCGUCUGGAAACGGAGAAGUGAGCGCGGCUCAGCAGGAGGAGAUGAGACACAACAUGCUUUCUCAGAUCUUGGAACACAGUGCCCGUGACCGCUUGUCUCGCAUCGCCCUGGUUCGUAGUGACCGUGCCAAAGCGAUUGAGGAGCUGCUUCUUCGAAUGGCAAAAACUGGACAGAUUCGUCAUAAAAUUACCGAGUCUGAGCUGAUUGACUUGCUGGAACAAAUCUCGGGCCAAGAGACGAAGAAAAAGGAAACAAAGAUUGUGGUCAAUCGACGCAAGUUUGAUGACGACGAGGACGACUGGGACUUGUAGAGACAGUAAUCAAGAAUAUUGAUAAAUUGGGCUUGUCAGCAGAACGACUGAUGAACAACUAGGUUGGUAAAUCGUUCGAAUUACAGAUAUUAUCGGACAGACAGUAGUUAAAGAAGAAGCUCAUGCAUUAUAGAUUACCACAGUCUGCUUGAAACUUGCGUCCGCAUGGCUCGGUGCAGCAGAUAUGAAGAACGAGAGACGAUAAUGCGGCAUGCACUAAGACACGACGAGAACUCUUGAGCGUAGUAAGCUGGACGCGAAAAAAAGAUAGUUCAUGGGAAGUAGUAAGAGGGAUGUUG